AUGCAGGCUUCAACGAGCCCUUCUGAGGCUAGCGGAGGAUACGCGACGCGGAGAGGCCAUGUGCCUCAGCUGUCGAUCAGUGACCCCAGUCAUCAUGUCACCGAAGCCAUUGGACAUAUGUACGAAGAUGACUAUGAUCGGAGAGAAUCCAAACGCCUCAGCUAUAUUUCCUCCCCCCUGAGUGAAGCCAUCACUACCAUCCACCCCAGCCUCGCCGGCGCCGAAGCCCCAACCUCUCCGCAGUCCUUACAAGUGCAAAACCAUCUGAAUGAAAUCAACCAACAUCGCCAGGGCAAUGGACAAUCACGGCCUCCCCUCGUCACUAAACAAUCAUUUGACCGCGAUAGCAAUCCAUCCUCUCCAGGCUCAACCGACACGGCCAAUACCUCCUUCCCCUUGAACGAUAUCGACUACGAAUCUGAUCCUGCUGCCGUGGCUCAGGAACUGAACAAUCUGGCUGCCAUUCGUCGAAUGUCCAUGGAUGUCGCUGCAGCGGGUGAUCCUGAUCUUCCGAGUUUACCAUCGAUAGCACCCUCCCCAUCAGACGACGAGAAUGAUGCUUCCCGCCUUUUCUGGGUACCCGCUCGCUUACACCCCGAGUUGGCUCCCAAAGAGUUUAAAUCUUUUCUUGAUAGCAAGGCAGACCAUAUCAAGCGGAAGUCGGGCGAUUUUUCCUUGUCGCCGAACGGCAGUAACUCGGGCGGACUCCAGCGUAAGCGAUCGAUGUUGUCCAGGCAAAUCGACAAUUCCCAUGGCUAUACGGAUGGUGCGGAGCGGCUAGAGCGAAAACGAUCAAAGUCUAAACGGGAUUCUCUGAGUCCGAACCUACAAGAUUUGGAAACGAUAGUAGACAAUUCGAAAACGCCAAAUAAGGAUACAGCUUCGCUUUUGAAGGGAGUCCAGAGCCUCGGGCUAAAUACCGACGAAGAUAGACCCAUCCUUCCCCCCGCACCACUUGGGAACAGUCUCAGGCGUUCCACCCGGACUCAGUACAGGAAGGCGGGCAGCGUGAAAAAGGGGGACAAAUACCCAAGAAGGGUCAAAUCCCCAGAAACGAACGAACCAAUCCCGUCCAUUGUCACUUCAGCUCCUGAUUCUCCGAUCUUGGGCCUCACACGCGUAUCCACUGAUCCCACCCCUAGUGCAACCAAACGAGGACAAGCAACAACAGCUACUCACGGCACAACAGAUUCCUCCAGCGCUACGGGAGGCUCGAUUGACUCGACAAUCGAUCAGCCGAAGCAAGAGGGCGACAGGCCAACUGAGCCUCACACGGCUGACUCUGCCAACAGAGCGAGUGCACCUCCGCAAGCGCGACAGUGGCACUCUCGUAUUAGUUCGAACGGACGAUCGACUGCCAAUAUUCCUAACGAUCAAAAGGUUCCAGAAAUCGUCGAACCAUCUUCAGAAACAAAUCGAGCACCCAGCAGUUCAGCUUCGCAACAAAACAACUUGCCAGACCGUGAACACUCGUAUGAUUCCUCGACGCACUCACCAUCCAAGGGGUCCCCGCUUAACGAACAAAAUGUAAGCAAGCGCUCGCACCACACCCGUCACAAGGACAGCACCUUCAACGAGUUCGCGAAUACUGUGCAACCCCUCCCGGGCAAUACCACCCGAACCGACAGCCUCUCAUUCAUCCCAACUUUGCCAGAAGAUCGAAAAUCGGAAAGCAAGAAGUCGAAGGACAAGAAAGAUUCGGAUGGUACCCGCAAGUCUAGCUGGCAUUGGCUGCUAGGCAGCGAGGAAAAAGAAAAAGAAAAGGAGAAGAAAAAGGAGAAGGAUGGAGAUUCGAAAAAGAUAAAAGCGAGAUUGGUGGAUAAGGUUCAUGAAACGACCAGCUCCCUACCGUCGUCCAGCGACAAUAACCAGCGAGGCCGCGAGAGCUUUGCUCACGAUCGGCUCGAUCCUAAACUAGAGGAAGAACGACGAAAAGAUAACGCCAGGAGAACAUCUGGAGAAUCGAAGAAAGAGAAAGAGUCUGGUCUGUUUUCAUCGAUCUUUGGCGGGGGAAGGAAGAAGCACAGCAGCGGAGAAAGCCACCACAAAAAGAGCUUAUCCCGAACUUUGUCUCCCGACCCCCCAGUACGCAUACUCCGACCCGACGUUGACUACCCUUGGACCCGAUUUUCAAUACUCGAGGAGCGAGCCAUUUACAGAAUGGCCCAUAUAAAACUCGCAAAUCCCCGACGGGCGCUGUGUUCCCAGGUCCUACUCAGCAACUUCAUGUAUUCGUACCUGGCGAAGGUCCAGCAAAUGCAUCCACACAUGAUGCUUGCAUCUUCGGCAGCACAACGGCAGCAGCAGAAAGCAAGGGAACGGGAGCAGGAGGAGUACAUGCAACAAUACCAAAGAUACCAAGAAGCACAGGAACAACAAUACGGCGAUGGCUCGUACGAUGAUUCUCACAUGUAUGAAUAUAACGAUGAUCCGCAUGACCCUUACCGGACACACUCGGGGGGCAACAAGCACGGCUAUGAGAAUGGGAACUCAUACGGCCCUGGCCAUUAUCAAUAUGGGCAUUCGGCAUUCGGCGAUGAUGCUCAGCAAGAUGACGAUGACGACGACGACAUGUGGUAG